CCGCUCUCCUCUUCCCAUUCAACACUUUAGCAGGCGAGGACCCACACUGUGCUCUUCACCAUGCCGGGGGACCAAGUGAACGGGGCGCCCGCCAGUCAGAUGUCCACGCCGCGCACGGCGAAGUCUCCCAGCCCCUCCCCCGCCAGCCCCGGCGGCCUCAGCCAGCGGCGGGACUCACAGGGCUCGUCUGCCUCGCUGUCCUCCGAUCCAGUGUCCAGCCCGGCGGAUGGCGGCGAGGAAGUGGCCGCCGACCAGCUCCCGGCGGUCCCCUCCUACAUUUCGGAACGCUACGAAGUGGGACGCAUGUUGGGCGACGGGAACUUCGCCGUGGUCCACGAGUGCGUGGAGCACUCGACCGGGCGCCAUUACGCUCUGAAGAUCAUCAACAAGGGCAAAUGUCGAGGCAAGGAGCACAUGAUCCAGAACGAGGUGGCCAUCUUGCGGCGAGUCAAGCAUCCCAACGUGGUGCUGCUCAUCGAGGAGGUGGACACGUACAGCGAGCUCUACCUGGUCAUGGAGCUGGUGGAGGGGGGAGACCUUUUCGACGCCAUCACGUCCGCCAACAGGUACACGGAGAAGGACGCCAGCGGGAUGCUGUACGACCUGACCAACGCCAUAAAAUACCUCCACAGCCUCAACAUCGUGCACAGGGACAUCAAGCCCGAAAACCUGCUGGUCUACGAGCACGCAGACGGCAGCAAGAGCCUAAAACUGGGAGACUUCGGUCUGGCCACCGCGGUGGACGGACCCCUGUACACCGUCUGCGGCACGCCCACAUAUGUAGCGCCUGAAAUCAUCGCCGAAACGGGGUACGGGCUGAAGGUGGACAUCUGGGCGGCCGGCGUCAUCACCUACAUCCUCCUGUGUGGGUUCCCGCCUUUCCGAGGGAGCAGCGAGGACCAGGAAGUUCUGUUUGACCAGAUCCUCAUGGGCCAGCUGGAGUUCCCGCCCCCGUACUGGGACAACGUCUCCGAAACCGCCAAGGAGCUGAUCCGGUCCAUGCUGGAGGUGGAGGUGGAUCCGAGGUACACGGCCUUACAAGUGCUGGACCAUCCAUGGGUCACCGAUGAAGGUCUUUGUGAAAACCACCACCAGCUGUCUGUAGCGGGGAAGAUCAAGAAGCACUUCAACAGCGACAACACGGACAACAUGGCGGUCAUCCCGUUGGACGGGAGCUUUUCUAUGCAGAGAUCCGGGUCCUUGGACCUCCACCAGCACCCGGCAAUGUACUGGAUAAGGCCGCCCCUGCUGAUAAGAAGAGGACGUUUCUCCGACGAGGACGCCACCCGGAUGUGAUGCCUUGGCGUUGUCCCCUGCAGGCUCCGCCUCCUCGCUGCCUACCCCUGACCCCUCCCCCAGCCCCCUCCCAUGUGACUCUGACAUCAUCUCCAUCGGCUCGGCCUGCUUUCUUCUCCAAGAAAGGACGACCGGGACCAGGAAAGACAAUAAAAAAAUUUAAAAAAGUUGGAGAGAACUUUCAAGACGAAGGAAUGUUGGAACUUUUGACUCAUCGGAGUUGUGAUUCAUCCCCUGGUUGAUGGUCGGAGCUGAGGAUGAAACAUCUGCAAUACGGACAACUUCUUUCUUUUUUUAAUAUCUAGAAUAUGUAGUUCUCUUUUUCCAGGUGAGAAAUGUCGGGAAGGAACGUCGACUUUUACGGGAACAAACGUGACCGAGGCGCUUUCUUUUCUUACGGAAUAUGUCGACGUGGCCAAAACCAAGACUCUCGUGUCGUGACGUCGGAUCGUCACGGCGACCACCCGACUCGUGUGUAGCAAGCAUUGGAGCCGCAAUGCGAACGCAGUCAGACUGUAUCGAUGUGUCGUAACCUCGUUAGAACGUGUCCUCAUUUCACCCUCAUCACGCCUCGUUAGCCCCAGCAGGCACACCACCUUCAAACAACGUUGACAACUCAAACGUAACGUUGAAACAACGUUGACAACUCAAACGUAACGUUGAAACAACGUUGACAACUCAAACGUAACAUUGAAACAACGUUGACAACUCAAACGUAACAUGGAAACAACGUUGACAACUCAAAGGUAACAUUGAAACAAUGUUGACAACCCAAAGGUAACGUUGAAACAACGUUGACAACUCAAACGUAACAUUGAAACAACGCUGACAACUCAAACAUAACGUAGAAACAACGUUGGACAACUCAAACAUAACGUAGAAACAACGUUGACAACUCAAAGGUAACGUUGAAACAACGUUGACAACUCAAAGGUAACGUUGAAACAACGUUGACAACUCAAACGUAACGUUGAAACAACGUUGACAACUCAAACGUAACAUUGAAACAACGUUGACAACUCAAAGGUAACAUUGAAACAACGUUGACAACUCAAACGUAACAUUUAAACAACGUUGACAACUCAAACAUAACGUUGAAACAACGUUGACAACUCAACCAUAAUGUUGAAACAACGUUGACAACUCAAACAUAACGUUGAAAUAACGUUGACAACUCAAACAUAACGUAGAAACAAUGU